GUCAAAAGCUGCACGUGUCCGUCCAAAUCUACCACGGGGUUUUCUUGCGUGUCCUUUGAACUUGCCUGACAGGAUGUUCGCGCUAUUUAUGCGGGACUCUCCCAGUGGGUGUCACAAACACACCGAGGUCUGAUGCUGCAGGCAACUCACUGCUGCUGCUUCCUGUAUUGAGGCACCAGCGGUCAGCGCGCUGAACAACUGUACGUUUCAGAGCCCCGCAACCCCCGAGUUUAAACACCGAGGGAGUACUACCGGAGACCCCGGGGUGUCCGUAUCCUGCUGUGGCUGGACGGAAGCUCAGAGAGGAGGACGGCUGUUCAUUUCGGCUCACAGACGCAGAGCACGAUUUUGACUGGAACUGGUGCUAGCUAGUAGCGGCUAGGUGGCUAAUGGCUAAUAGCAGCAGGUAGAUUAUAGACAAGUAGCCGAAGAAAACAAACCUGUCACAUUUUCAACCUAUAGAUGAGACCGAAAACCAGCCGACUUUUGAAGGGCAUAUCGGUAUGACACGGUUUACCAAUUUAGCGAACUGACAUGCUCCGAAAAGUGCAUUAACUCUGCUAACGUUAACUAGCCAAGUCACUAGCCACUUAGAGCGAAUCCUGUUGCUUUUUUCCCCCAGGUAGAUCUCUGAUUAGGGGCAAGGUUAGAUCAGCCGCUGCCCGCCUCGUUGCACUAUAGUAUUUUACUGAGAACGUCGUUUAGUUUAGUUAAAAUAGAAAUGGCUCCUAAAAGAAGACCCGUUCCCCUGAACAUUACGCCCAUUGGGGAGGGACAGGCCACCUCAAACACCAUCGAUGCUGCAUCUGAAGCCAACCUUGAGGCCUUACAGAAGAAACUGGGUGAGCUGGACCUCGACGAACAACAGAGGAAACGCCUGGAGGCCUUCCUCACCCAGAAGGCUCAGGUUGGUGAGCUGAAGGAUGAAGAUUUUGACCCAAUAUGCGAGUUGGGGGCCGGAAACGGAGGAGUGGUCAACAAGGUCCAACACAAACCUUCUCGUUUGGUCAUGGCUCGAAAGCUAAUUCACCUGGAAAUCAAGCCCGCCAUCAGAAACCAGAUCAUCCGAGAGCUGCAGGUGCUGCACGAGUGCAACUCUCCCUACAUCGUGGGCUUCUACGGAGCUUUUUACAGCGAUGGAGAGAUCAGCAUCUGCAUGGAGCACAUGGACGGUGGAUCAUUGGACCAGGUUCUGAAGGAAGCCAGAAGAAUCCCUCAAGAAAUCCUGGGAAAAGUUAGCAUAGCUGUCUUAAGGGGAUUAGCUUAUCUGCGAGAGAAGCAUCAGAUCAUGCACAGAGACGUGAAGCCCUCCAACAUCCUGGUCAACUCCCGCGGGGAGAUCAAGCUGUGCGACUUUGGUGUGAGCGGCCAGCUCAUAGAUUCCAUGGCCAACUCCUUUGUUGGAACGCGCUCCUACAUGUCGCCGGAGAGACUGCAGGGCACCCACUACUCGGUUCAGUCUGACGUGUGGAGCAUGGGCCUGUCCCUGGUGGAGCUGGCGAUCGGCCGCUACCCUAUACCGCCACCAGACGCCAGGGAACUGGAAGCCAUCUUUGGACGCUCCAUCAUGGACGGGGCAGAGGGAGAGCCUCGCUCCAACAUGGCUAGACCGAGGCCACCGGGCAGGCCUGUGAGCGGACAUGGGAUGGACAGUAGACCUGCCAUGGCUAUCUUUGAGCUUUUGGACUACAUUGUGAAUGAGCCACCGCCUAAGCUACCACAGGGUGUCUUCAGCAGUGACUUCCAGGACUUUGUGACAAAAUGCUUGAUUAAAAACCCAGCCGAGAGGGCGGACCUGAAGAUGUUGAUGAAUCACACAUUUAUCAAGCGAUCAGAAGUGGAGGAAGUGGACUUUGCCGGAUGGUUGUGCAAAACCAUGAACCUCCACCAGCCCAGUACUCCCACUCGCACCACCGAGUGAUCAAGCAGCCUCCACACAAAAGAAAAUAAAA